AUGGAAUCAGAUCUAUACCGGAAACGGAGAAAAUUAAUACUAAAACAAGACGGUGUUUAAGCAAAGUGACAGACAAUAACCUUAAUAGACGAUCCAGAGUAAAAGAGUUAGACUCUAGCGAAUCCAAAGGAUCUGAAGAAUCUGAUGAAAACAGCUUAAAUUCUGACCAAACAUCAAGAAUCAAGAAAACUGAAGAGGGAAAUGAUGUUAUUGACAAGGAUUUAAUAAUAAUGCCUGAAGUAGUAAAUUCGACAAAGAUAAUUGAUGAUACAGAUGUAACGCCAAUGCCCGAGGAAGAAGAACUGACGGAUACACCUGAUGAAACGUGCUGGCAUUUUGAAAAAGAACGCUGCAAUGAGCUUCCAAAUGAGUGGAGAAUCCCAUGCACUUCUGAUUCCUUUUGCAAGGGCGAUGGAGUAAAUAAAGGAGGGGAAUGCUGCAGUGACCCAUGUGAAUAUGAUCGGAGGGUUCAUCCAGAUUACCAAACAUUUUGUCGUUGGCCAACUGAUAACUAUGAUAUUUUGCAAUCUUUUAGACCAGUAAGUUCGCGGCCGAAGAAAUAAAACUCUUUUUAAGAUUGGAAGCAUUUCCGCAAAUAAAUAAUUCC